AUGAGCCAGAUUGCAAGCCAAAACAAGCCAGAGCGCCGCAGCUUUGUUUCGAGAAUAACCAACGAGACCAAAAUCCAAAUUGCAUUGUCUUUGAACGGCGGUCAUGUUGAGAUUGAGAAUUCUAUCUUGGGUGCCAAAAAAUCCGAGGACGUAGCGUCUCAGUCGACCAAUGCACAGGUCAUCGAUGUUCAAACCGGAGUAGGGUUCUUGGACCAUAUGAUUCAUGCCCUGGCCAAACACUCGGGUUGGUCUCUAAUCGUUGAAUGUAUAGGUGAUUUACACAUCGAUGAUCACCACACCACUGAGGACUGCGGUAUUGCUCUUGGUCAAGCCUUCAAAGAGGCCGUCGGAGCCGUGCGUGGUGUUAAGAGGUUCGGAUCUGGCUUCGCACCUUUGGACGAGGCGCUUUCUAGAGCCGUGGUGGAUUUAUCCAACAGACCUUAUGCCGUGAUUGAUCUGGGGCUCAAAAGAGAAAAAAUUGGUGAUCUAUCCACAGAGAUGAUUCCUCAUUUCUUAGAGAGUUUUGCCGAGGCCGCCAGAAUAACGUUGCAUGUCGACUGUCUGAGAGGCUUCAAUGACCACCAUCGAAGCGAAAGUGCCUUCAAGGCGCUUGCGGUUGCAAUCAGGGAAGCCUUGUCCAGCAACGGGACCAAUGACGUGCCCUCAACGAAAGGUGUUUUGAUGUAA